UCAUCCCCUUGGGCUCUGGAGGAAUCUUUAUAAAAGCUCUUGCAACUCUUAAAAAGGGUUUGUUUGGGUUCAGCUGCUCGGGGAUCAGGCUGAUCUACAUCCCGGAAGAAUGUCAAAGACAGGUGUGAAGUGCGUCACGACUCCAUGCGUCACCUCGAUCCCAGAUGCGAAAGUGAUUAUACACCCACCAUCGCUUAAGCUCACUCUACCAGGGCUGAUCCUCGCCACAUCGCCCGGUAAAACCCUUGUGGAAACGGAGACUGCAUGCCUCACCAAUGGGUUGGAUGGAUGUUCCACGGCGCUCGUAACCAAGUCCUCUGGUCCGCGUGCUCUUUGUGGCUCCACUCCGUGUUGUAUAUCAACCACUCCUGACUCUCAAAUGGUGAUAAAACCCCCACCCGUAUGCAUUACGAUCCCCGGUGCUGUCCUAACCAGUUUCCCGAAUGAAUGCCUUAUAGCAACCUCACAACCCUGCAUCCCUGCUGGCUCCCAGCCACCUGCUAUUACUCGUUCGGCAUCAGUUAGCGAUGGGCCCAUGGUCUCGACUCCUCUGUCUCGCUCGUCCUCUGUCCCAUGUGGGCUUGAUACAGCAUCGGCAUGUGUGGCGCAAGGCCCAAGUUCCAAAGUGGUGAUAUACCCUCCGCCAAUUGAACUCAUCAUUCCGGGACCCCUUCUUGAAAUUGAAGCGGAGGAGUGCGCCGUGGAAGUCCACAACCCAUGCGAAACUGCAGGUGCCAUCACCAGUGGGGAGCAGAAUGAAACCAAGGCCCUGACGUCACAUGCAAACUCCUGCACUGAAGUGUGUGGGUCGCUGGGUUCUUCUCCAUGUGUUUCCCAGGGCCCGGAGAUGAAGAUAACCAUACAGCCCCCUCCAAUCGAAGUGGACCUCCCUGGACCGAUUCUUCGAGUCUUCCCUGAAGAAUGCAAAGUAGAAACGUUUAGCCCAUGUGCUCCUGAGAAUCUAGCACUGGGUGAAUCUUCUCGUCCAGCCCUCACCAACGGUGAUAGCUCACUGUCCACCGGAAAGCGUCCUCUGCCUGACAUCAGAAGGCCCCCACGCCCUUGGGCGGAGAUUUACAGUCGGUCCGUGACUCCACGAAGCCUUACAGCAGGCCCACAGCCAAUGAUAAAGCACCGCAACUCCUUCAGCUCUGCAAGCUGCUAUUGAACGCCAACCGAAUGUAGAACGACAAGGAGCGCUUGGCUGUGUAGUUUAGUGGAUGGGAGUGAGUCCUGAACCAUAACCUGUAUAGAACGAAAUUCCCUAAUGUUAUACAAAAGUGGCUUCCAUUGAAAUUCAUGGGAUUAAAAUGCACACUUAGGACCCAUUGGUUUCUACGGGACUUUCAGAUGAAUUUAGCUGUGACUGGAUUAUUGUCCUUCUUGAUGAGACAAUUUGAUAGUCCGUAGAAGAAAAGUUGCCUUAAGAAUCCUGCUUGUUACCUGUGCUUUUGCAUUCAAGAGCACACAUGUAUAGUACAAAUGUCAGGUGGUAUUUAACUGUCAUGGCUUCCCUCCAAGCUCUACCUGGAACUGAGCAUUAAAAAUGGACUAGUUAGGUCAGACUGAGUCUCUUCAGGACCAGGAUUCUGUUUCCAAAGAGACCAGCCGGUUGCUCUCAUCUGUUCUCUGUCCCCGAGAGGGGAAAAAUUAUCCAGGGGAAUAGUCCUCCUGGAAAGUCCAUGUAGCUAUGAGAGCUACAUGACUCACCCAGUCUUUUUAUCAGGAGUGGGGGGGGGCUAUGGCUCAGUGGUUGAUUGUAUCCAGAGGGUACCAGGUUGAAUCCUCGUCAUUUCUGAUUAAAUUAUCUCUGGUAGAAGGUGGUAGGCCAGACCCUUAUCUGUCGCAGAUUGACUGCCAAUUAGAAAAGGUGAUACUGAGCUAGAUGAACCAGUGGUGGGAAUCCAUAUAAAGUCACUUCUUAUGUUCAAUGGAUUCCAUUUCAUUACUGCUUCAUGCACCCAUAAUGUUAAGUGAGAUGAAAGUGGGCUAAGAUUUGUCAUUCCAUUUGAAAUGGACACAGCAUACCAUAACCCUGAACAGUUUUGCUAGGAAGUAAGCCCUAUUAAACAGAAUAGCACCUAGUUUUAAGUAAGUGUGUUUAGGACUACAAGCUGUAUUCCAUGAGGAAUAGGGAACUUUGGGGGGUGGGGUGAGAGGCAGAGAUGAAGUUAAGGAUAUAUAUUUUUUUGCUAAAUUAAAAGUAAUAGGCUUUUUAUUUAUGGAUGUGUAGUUAGAUAUUUUUAACAAAUGUGCAUCAUGAUGUAACUAAUACCCAAACUUUGUGUGUGUGAUGUGACUUUUUUUUUUAAUUCUGACUGUCCAAUUGCAACU